AUGCAAUCACACAACGAUGUCCACUCUUUAUUAUAUAAUCAAUAUCAAUCCAAUCAAUUUACAAAAACCACUCUUAUGUAUAUACAAGAGAUUCAAGAGAGGAAUUUAUUCAACUAUAACAGGGAUGACCAAGUUCCAAGUUCCAUCGACCAUUGUCAACAAAGGUCAAGUACCAUGGGUAUCCACCAUCAUCAAGUAUAUGGUUGUGCUAUCACCAAGUACGGUGGCCGCCCACCAUCAACAAGUACCAAGUACCAUGAAGGAUGGGGUCAUGGUCACCCUCCUCAUCCUCCACCAUCAACAAAACAAGCAACAACCCAAAACAAUCCAACAUGCUUGACACUAUACAAUAAGAUACAUGAUCAACGUCCAUAUAACAUGUAUCAUAGACAUGGACAACCCCCAGAACAAAUUAACUUUAAUUCUUCUCGAGAUAAUCUUUAUUUCUUGCUGGUCAAUUAA